AUCUCUGGUCUGGCUUCCUUCUUGAGUCCGCAACAAGCGGCUCUGACUUCCUGGAGCUCCAAACUCCGGUCAGUAGGGGAAGCAGUCCCGUUGGCUCUGCAUGAAGAGCUGCUGCGCCGAGAAGCCGGCAAAACCGCUGUGGCGGCCACAAGAGUCGUGCUGGCGACCCGUGGGGCUCCUCCACUGGGAAUCGGCUAAUCGGGCUCCAGAUAACGGUGGUGACUUGUUCAACUCCAGCGUGGCAUCAUGUGGCAGCUGCUCCUCCCAACCGCUCUGCUACUUCUAGUUUCAGCUGGCAUGCGAGCUGAAGAUCUCCCAAAGGCUGUGGUGUCUCUGGAGCCCCAAUGGAACAGGGUACUAGAGAAGGAUUUUGUGACUCUGAAGUGCCAGGGGACCUCUCUUCCUGAGGACAAUUCCACACAGUGGUUUCACAAUGGAAAGCUCAUCUCAAGCCAGGACUCAAGUUAUUUCAUUGCCUCUGUCAGAGUCGACGACAGUGGAGAGUACAGGUGCCAGACACGCCUCUCCACACGCAGUGACCCGGUGCAGCUAGAAGUCCACACUGGCUGGCUGUUGCUCCAGGCCUCUCAGUGGAUAUACAAGGAGGGAGACCGUAUUCACCUGAGAUGCCACAGCUGGAAGAACACUCCUCUGCAUAAGGUCACAUAUUUACAGAAUGGCAAAGGGAAGAAGUAUUUUCAUCAGAAUUCUGACUUCUUCAUUCCAAAAGCCACACUCAAAGACAACGGCUCCUACUUCUGCAGGGGGCUUGUUGGAGGUAAAAAUGUGUCUUCAGAGAGUGUGAACAUCACCGUUAUUCAAGAUUCGACGUCAUCCAAAUCACCAGUCUUUCUACCUGGAUACCAAGUCUCUUUCUGCUUGGUGAUGGUAUUCCUUUUUGCAGUGGACACAGGAUUGUAUUUCUCUGUGAAGAGUAACAUUCGAAGCUCAAAAAGGGACUGGAAGGACCAUAAGUUUAAAUGGAGCAAGGACCCUCAAAAUAAAUGACUCCCAUCCCAUGGGGGUAAUAAGAGCAGUGGCAGCAGCGUCUCUGAACCUUUCUCUGGAUUUGCAAUUCUGUCAUCCUCAUUAGGCCUCUCCAUGAGCAGCAGGAAACAUAGAACUAAGAGCCCAACUCCCUUACCCAACUUUCGACUCUUCCUUGGUCUCCAGUGGAAGGGAAAGGCCCAUGAUCUUCAAGUGCCAGCAGGGAAGCCCCAGUGAGUAGUUGCAUCCCUAGGAAUUGAAGUUUCAGAGCUACACACUUGUUCUGUCCCAACCGUUCCCUCACAGCAAAGCAACAAUACAGGCUAUGGACAGUAAUGUUGAAACAUAUAAAAAUUGUUCCUAUUGCCGGGCACAGUGGCUCACGCCUAUAAUCCCAGCACUUUGGGAGGCCGAGGCGGGUGGAUCACAAGGUCAAGAGAUCGAGACUAUCCUGGUCAACAAGGUGAAACCCUGUCUCUACUAAAAAUACAAAAAUUAGCUGGGCAUGGUGGUGCGCGCCUGUGGUCCCAGCUACUUGGGAGGCUGAGGCAGGAGAAUUGCUUGAACCCAGGAGGUGGAGGUUGCGGUGAGCCGAGAUUGUGCCAUUGCACUCCAGUCUGGGUAACAACAGCGAAAUUCCGUCUCAAAAAACAAAAGACUGUUCCUAUUAUAAAUUACCUACUUAAUGGGGGGGAAAAAGAAAAAUAAUUAUUCCUAAAUAAAUGAAUAGGUAGAAUUAAUGGUUGAGGCAGGGCCAUACAGAGUGUGGGAGCUGCUGGGGAUCCAGGGAAUUCAGUGGGACCAAUGAAAGGGUGGCUGAGAAAGAGCAGAGUAGUACAGGAUAGACUAAGGAAGGUGUCCCCAUGCACCCAGAGAUAGAUAAGACUGUCUUCCUAGAACGUUAGUCAUGGUGGAAUUAACGGGAAAUCAUGAGGGUGAGGUAGAAUUGGGUCUUCCAGGGGACUCUCAGAACUGAACCUGCAAGUUAUAAUGAUGAGCCCUCCUAAUGCUAGGAGCAGAAAAUGGUCCUAGGAAGGAGACUGAGGAUUGGAGUGGGGUGGGGUGGAAAAGAAAGUACAGAGCAAGUCCCAAGUUAAGCUAAGUGAACAGAACGAUCUCAGUGUCAGCGCGGGAAAGUCUGAGAAGAAAGAGCCACCCACAAGCACACAGGAAGGAAAGCACAGGAGGUGAAAAUGCUUUUUUUGGCCAGGGUAGUAAGAAUUAGAGGGUAAGGGCAGGGACUGUAAAACCACCCUUUCUGCUUCAACACGUAAUUGCGGUGUAGCUUUGUUCAUUUCAUUUAUUAAACAAAUGUUGGAUAACCAAUACUAAAUGUACUACUGAGCUUCACUGAGUUAAAUUAUGAAACUUUCAAAUCCUUCAUCAUGUCAGUUCCAAUGAGGUGGAGAUGGAGAUGGCAACUGUUGCUUAUGAAAGAAAGCUUUAGUUGUCUCUUCCUGUUUUGGAAGUUUUAAGCGCAGCAUUUCUCUGGUAGAAUAAAGCAUAUUACAAGA